CUGCCAUUUGGUUAUUUUGAGGUUAUGUUAGAUCAACGAGGAAAAAUAAAUUAAACAUGGAAAAACAAGGGAGACAAUUUCCCGUUUGUCCUAGAAUUUAUAAGGUAGCUGCCAGUGCCGCGAAAGAAGUUUCCGAACGGAUGGGGAGUAUCAAAAGUAUAGUACUAGGAAAAAAGAAUAAACACCCCAAUGUUAAAGGAAUGUUUGCUCUGGUGUCUAAACUUUACCAAAAAUCUGACGAAAUCGAUAUGCUACUAAAGAGAUCCCAAUUAUUAGAGCAACAAGCUGGCUUGAAUCCGUGGUUAGCAAAAAUUUUGUUAGUCGAACUACUAUGGGGCAAGAAGCGCCUUCCAGGGCAGAGCCGACCUGAAACUACUAUUCAAGCGUACGAACAAAUCUUUAAAGCGCACUUAAGCGACACCGCUUUGGAGGAUCCACUUUCUAACAAUGCUCAUGUUGGGAAACCCCGCUACGUAAGAAUAAACACAUUAAAAUGGAACCAAAACGAUGCGAUAGAUACCUUCAGAGAUGAAGGCUGGGCGCUAAAUAAAUUUCUAGACAAAACCGAUUACAAUGGAUUUUUGGAGAAAAUUGUAACUUUAAACGAGCAAGAAUUCAUGGUGGACAUUCACAUUCCUAAUUUGCUAGUGUUCCCUUCGAAAACAACUUUCUACAAUCACGAAGCUUACAAAAAUGGCUCCAUGGUUCUUCAGGAUAAGGCGAGUUGUUUUCCAGUCCACGUGUUGAAUCCUCCUCCAGGUAGCAUUGUACUGGAUAUGUGCGCUGCACCCGGCAUGAAAACCUCUCAUUUAGCUGCAGUAAUGAAUAACACAGGAACAAUUUAUGCAACGGAACGAGAUCCAUUAAGAUAUGAAACAUUACUUACAAUACUCGAUAAUGCAGGCGCUACUUGCGUAAAAGCCUUAAAUCGGGACGUAUUAACUUGUAAUGACAAAGAUUUUCCCAAUGUUGAGUAUAUACUAGUGGACCCCAGUUGCUCAGGAACCGGCAUUACUGAGGUACCUGUUGCGAAUCAAAUUACAAAAGAGAGAGUGAACAAUUUAUCGGGAUUUCAAAUAAAAAUCCUGAGACAUGCCCUAACGAAGUUUCCGAAAGCUAAAAGAGUCAUUUACUCGACUUGUUCGGUUUUACCUGAAGAAAAUGAAGACGUAGUGCGUCAGGUUUUGGAAACUAAUUUUAAUUUUAAACUCCUUCCCGCCAAGCAGUACAUUGGAGAUUCCUGGUUUAAUACCGGAUCUGAAGAUUAUGGUGAUAUUGGGAGAUAUUGUUUGUAUGCGAAACCAAAUGAAGAUCAUACAAAUGGGUUUUUUGUGGCUGUUUUUGAGAGAUUGCAAGAAGGCGAAACGAAUCAGUUUUUUGACACCAAGGUGUUUAAUUAUAAGAAGCAUGUACAAAUUAAGCAGAAGGAAAUAAGAAAGGAGGCCAAAAGGGAAAAGAGGCGGCAAUAUGCUGCAGAUUUUGAUGAAAUGAAUUUGGGAGAAAAUACUAUUUCACAUGAUACUGAAAAGAAGAAGAAAUACAAAACAGAAAAAACGUCUUCGACUCGACCAGAGAAAGUAAAAAAGGAAAAAAUACCGAAUGAGGGUAAUGAAAUUGUAGAUCAAGACACGAAAUUAGAAUGUGUAGACGACACUUCUGAAAAAAUUAAGAAAAAGAAAAAGAAGAACAAAUCGAAACAUAACGAAUUUAAAGGUGAUGAAGAAAUUAAUAUAGAUUGUGUAAAUAACAUUUCGGAAGAGCCUGAAAAGAAGAAAAAGAAGCACAAAUCAAAAACGAUUGAUACAUCUUCAAAUACACCUCUAGAGGAAGAAAUUGUAAUAGAACCACUCAAUGAAAAGAAAGCCAAGAAGAAGAAAUCGAAAUAUAAUUUGCAAGAAGUGGAUGAUGAAAGUAGUGGUAAAAGAAGAAAACUCGAAGAAAUGGCAAGUUGUGAUGUAAAUUCAGCUCCAGAAAAGACCAAAAAGAAAAGUAAAUCAAAGAGGGUAGAAGUAAAUAUAGAAAAUAAUAUGGAUAAUUUAGUUAGUAAGAAAAGAAAGAAAAAGAAGCACGAGGAAAGCGAAAUUAUUCAUUGUGAAUAAAAAUAAUAAUGUUAAGAAUUAAAUAAAUGUUAUAUUUUC